AUGUUUAGGCAUACCAAAUCUGGAGUCGAUCGCUUAAGGCAAAUUGAAUACCUGAAAUCGCUGAUUAGAGAAGCCUUUUCAUAUCUAGAUCGAGAAGGAAAAGGUUAUAUAGUCAGAGAAGAAGUUAGCUAUAUAAUGAAAUACUUUGGGCAAUAUCCCAGUGAAGCACAAGUUGUCGAUGUGAUUUUACCAGAAAUACAAGAAGAUGAGCCAACUAAUUAUGUUUAUUAUGAAAAAUUCGAGAAAUAUAUGCUGAAUGCAAUCAUAAAUAAUGAGUUCGAGCCUGAUGAUGCAGAAACGCUUUUGGCAGCUUUUAAAGUCUUGGAUUCGGAGGGAAAAGGGUAUAUUGAGGUUGAUGCAAUGAAAGAGCUUUUGCUGAAAAAUGGGAUCCCUUUCUAUGAGAAGGAAUGGCAAGAUUUUGAAGCCUAUUCUGUGGAUCUAGAAACAAAUGUGAUUAAUUAUGAGGAUUAUGUUUCCAGACUUGUUAUGGAUAAUGAGAAACAUAUCAAUAACCUUAUGAAAGGUCUUGAGAAGUUUAAAUAUCCUUAA